UGGGAUAGCAAGUGAUCAUAACAGGUGCCUAUACAUGCAUAACUCACGAUCACGAUGGAGGGUCCUGAAACACUGCAUCAAAUUUGUACAUAUCUUGUUUGAUGCAGCAACAAAAGAAAGUAUGAGGUCUUAGAAGAUGGCUAUAGAUGGAGGAAAUAUUAAUCAGGAAGUUAUUCAUGGAUCACCCACUAGAAGAAGCUAUUACAAACGUGCUCAAGGGGGUUGCUCUGAUAGAAAUCGACUGCUGCAAUCUACAGAAGACAUGACUAUUGUUGAAAUAAAUCCCCAGGGAACACACACUUUCACACAAGCCUCCCGUGUAUCAGAUUCCUCUAUGAAUAAUCAGCUUCAGCUUGACUUAAUGACUCAAUUUGGAGUUGAUAUUGAUAUUAACAGUCAUAAAGGUGGGAUAUUUAGUGAUCAAGACAGGUACAUAUGCAAGCAGAAGUCACGAUCACGAUGGAGGGUCCUGAAACACUGCAUCAAAUUUGUACGCAUAUUGUCUGAUACAGCAAACAAAAUAAAGAUUGAUGGCUAUAGAUGGGGGAAAUAUAACCAGGAAGUUAUUCCUGGAUCACCCACCCCAAGCAACUAUUACAAAAGUGUUCAAGGGGAUAGCUCUGAUAGAAAGCAACUGCGGCAACCUACAGAAGACCCGACUAUUGUUGAAAUCACUCACGAGAGAAGACACACAUUCACACAAGCCUCCUGUGUAACAGAUUCCUUCAUGAAUAAUCAGCUUGAGUUAAUGACUCAAUUUGGGAUAUUUGAUAUGAACGACCUUACAGGUAAGUCUGAUACUUUGAGUGCCAUAACCUCAUUUACUUCAUUAAAUAUGCUAAACUAAUGAUCCACAUGAA